AUGCCUAUAGAUGUAAUUGAGCUUACGGAAGGUUUCGAAGAGCCUGGGAUAGUCUCCAGUAACUCGGAUGAAAAGGAGAUCUUUGAAACAAGUGAUAUCGAAACCGAAACACAGAGUACUGAUAAUGAUCUCCAUGCAGAGGAAGAACCAGAAAACUUGGAAAUUGAUCAAUUUCGCGAGUAUUUUGAACAGUUUUCUUUACAAAACAAGAAGAGCGAUUUUUCAGGCCGAGUUGAUCACUAUAAUCGGGCUGCCUUCGAAAGUUUUCCAGCACAAGAAUCCACCACUCAAAAACUAGCUCGCAUACAAAGAGAGCUUUCUGAGCUUCAAAGCUUUGACGAUACAACCUUAGCAGAACAAGAACAGAUUAACAAUCUUGUCGGCCUUCAUGAAAAAAUUGAAACGAGAAGCACAGAAAGGUUGAACUUUAUCAAAAGUCAUUGGAGAGAUGAUGAUACUGGGCAAACUGAUGUAAUACUGCCCCAACUUACUUUCGACUUUACUCUCGCCCACAAAUUCACAAAAGUUGAGCAAAAAUUAGCGCAGAUAGAAGGGAUACUCGGAAACAAAUCUGCAGUAUCUGAGCAGCAGAAAACAAUAGUAUCUGCUAUGAAUGAAUUAUACCGCCAAAUAAAAUUGCUCAAAAAUGAAAAUCUAUUGAGCAGCUUUGGGGAAAAACUAGAACAGAUUUACAAAAAUUAUGAGGAAUCAAUAGUUGGAAGAAAAGCCAUGAAGGAUAAUACUGUUAAAAAGGCUCUAAUUUCAGAAUUAGACUCAUGUGAAAGCAAGGUGAACAAAAUUUAUGGAUCAUAUGAACUUUUGCAAAGAUACGAGGAAAUCCUUCCUCACGUAAUUAAAAGAAUGAAAACUCUAAGUAAUAUGCAAUUCGAAGUUGGCAAAAGCGUCAGCACUGUCAAAGACUUGUCAUUAUCUGUUAAUUCGCUGAAGGAUCAGUCUUCUAAAUGGCAAGAAAUAAUUGGAAGGAUAGAGCAAAAACUGGAUGAGCAGGAGAAUCAAUUCACCAUAAAUAAAAGCGAAAUAUGUGCAUGGCUUGACGCUGUUGAAUCAAGAAUUAAGGAUCUGGAGGAGGGCGGUCGUGACAACUAA